UUCUGCUGAUGAUCAGUGAGCUGAGACUUCCAAUAAAUACUGAUUGGAAUAUUUUCUCUCUGGGUCUUUGGGCUUGAAAUAGUUUUCCUUCACUCUGUAAAAAGAAAAUGUCCACAACAGUUUAAAGCUGCAGCUCUGGUUUCACACACACACACGCACACACACACACAGUCUCACACUGAGCAGCUGACAGCAGUAGAAGGAGGCCAGCAGGUGUAUUUAUAGCAGAGCUUCUCUGGUUCUGUCCCAGUCCUCCGCUGCAGCUCCACCAUGCCCGGCACCCAGACCCGGAGCCGGCCCAGGGACCGGAAUAAUGUCCUGAACCGGCCCGAGUUCAUGUCCCUGAACCAGCCGGUCCGCAGAGAAACCUCUGCCGGGGAGGGGCGGGCCGGAGCAGCGAGGAGAACCGCCACGAGACGCCCAAGUCAGCAGGACGACGCCAUGGCGAGGGGGUCCAGGGACUCCUCUGAAGGAGCCACAUCAGGAGACGCGGUUCCGAAAGACGGGUCCCGCUGGCCUGAGCAGGACUGCAUGCAGCUGAACCCAUCCUUCCGCGGCAUCGCCAUCAACUCGCUGCUCGCCAUUGACAUCAGCCUGUCCAGGCGUCUGGGCGUGUGCGUUGGGGCCCGUGGCCCCGGGGCCCCACUGCGCCCCAUGGUGGCCCUGCUGGCCUUCUCUGGACAUGCACUGCCCUGGCUCUGCGGGACGCUGCUCUGCCUGUGGCGCAGCAACUCGCUGGCGGGACAGGAAGUCCUGGUCAACCUGUUGCUGGCCCUGCUCUUGGACCUGAUGACCAUCGCGGGCGUGCAGAAGCUGGUGCAGCGCCGGGGGCCGUGGGACGCCCCCCCAGGGUUCCUGGACCACGUCGCCCUGGAUGUGUACUCGUUCCCCGCCGCCCACGCCAGCCGGGCCGUCAUGGUGUCCCGCUUCCUGCUGAACCACCUGGUGCUGGCGGUGCCCCUCCGGAUCCUGCUGUAUCUGUGGGCCUUCCUGGUGGGCGUGUCCCGGGUCCUGCUGGGGAAGCAUCACCUGUCGAAUGUCGGCUGCGGCUUCGCGCUCGGAUUCUUGCACUUCAGCCUGGUGGAGUCCGUCUGGCUCGACUCGGCCGCCUGCCAGGCGCUGCUGGCCAUCGGCUCUCUGCACUGGGCGCCACUGGUGUAGAGGGCGCUACACAGAGCUGGACUAGAACCGGACAGGAACCGGCGUGGAGCCGGACCGGAGAACGACUGGUACCAGAACCCGAU